CGCCACCGCUGGGGACCUUCUGUGUUCCUGAUCUGAGCGCAGUACCCGCGCCAGCCGCCAGGAGGCAGUGCGGCGGGGUCCCCUGAGGGAAUGGGUUGCGGCAUUUACAUUAGAGGGGGAAUUCUUUUUGUCUGGAGUAGGGCUGCUGACUGGAGUUCUUGGUAUCUGCGGACCUCAUCCAAGAAAGGGGGUUCUUGAGGUCGGGCUGCUCACUGCUGUGGCUUCAACUUCGGACUUAUCACGGAGUGAUUAGCAGAGUAAGGGGCGCCCACCCGCGAUGUCCUGCUGGUCUCGGCCAUCAUCACCGUCAGCCUUAGCGUCACUGUCGUCCUCUGCGGCCUCUGCCACUGGUGUCAACGCAAACUGGGCAAACGCUACAAGAACUCCUUGGAGACGGUGGGCACGCCAGACUCAGGGCGUGGGCGCAGUGAGAAGAAGGCCAUCAACUUCCCGGGUGCGAGGCUCCAGUCUGCCCGCCUGCGGCUCGCCUCCUUGCACGCGGCUUCUCCCGCCCUGGAGCGUGUGCGGUGAUCUAGACAGAGACUUUUGGAAUAACAAUGAGAGCACAGUGCAGCAGAAAUGGAGCUCCUACCCUCCCAAGGAGUUUAUUCUAAACAUUUCACCCUACGCCCCUUAUGGCGACCCACGACUGUCCCUCAAUGGCACCCUCCUGGCUGGCGCCAAAGUGGCCGCCGCUGCGGGGCUGGCAGUGGAGCGGGAAGGCCGGCUGGGGGAGAAGCCAGCGCCGGCGCCGCCACCCGGAGAGGACGCCUUGAGAAGCGGCGGCGCUGCCCCCAGCGAGCCGGGCAGCGGCGGCAAGGCGGGGAGAGGCCGCUGGCGGACGGUGCAGAGCCACCUGGCCGCCGGGAAGCUCAACUUGUCCAAUUUCGAGGACUCCACCCUGUCCACGACCACUACCCUUGAGUCUAUCCCCAGCUCCACGGGAGAGCCGAAAUGCCAGCGACCCUGCACUCUGAUGCGGCAGCAGAGCCUGCAGCAGCCGCUGAGCCAGCACCAGCGGGGCCGGCAGACCAGCCAGCCCACCACCAGCCAGAGCCUGGGCCAGCUGCAGGCCCACGCGGCCUCCGUGCCGGGCCCCAACUCUCGGGCCUACGGCCGGGGCCAGGCUCGGCAGGGCUCCUCGGCCGGCUCCAAGUACCGGCCGGCCGGCGGCCGCAGCCGCUCCAACCCAGGCAGCUGGGACCACGUGGUGGGGCAGAUUCGAAACCGAGGCUUGGACAUGAAAUCCUUCCUGGAAGGCCGGAUGGUGGUGCUAUCCUUGGUCUUAGGGCUUUCGGAACAGGAUGACUUUGCCAAUAUCCCUGACCUGCAAAACCCAGGAACCCAGCAGAACCAGAACGCUCAGGGGGACAAGAGGUUGCCUACCGGAGGGAAGGCAGUGAACACAGCCCCAGUGCCGGGCCAGACGCCCCACGAUGAGUCUGACCGUCGGACUGAGCCUCACUCCUCCGUCUCGGAUCUCGUCAACUCCCUCACCAGUGAGAUGCUCAUGCUCUCCCCAGGCUCUGAGGAGGACGAGGUCCACGAGGGCUGCAGCCGAGAGAACCUGGGCCGGAUCCAGUUCAGUGUCGGCUACAACUUCCAGGAGUCCACGCUCACCGUGAAGAUCAUGAAGGCCCAGGAGCUGCCGGCCAAGGACUUCAGCGGCACCAGCGACCCCUUUGUCAAGAUCUACCUGCUGCCAGACAAGAAGCACAAGCUGGAGACCAAGGUGAAGCGGAAGAACCUGAAUCCCCACUGGAACGAGACCUUCCUCUUUGAAGGUUUCCCCUACGAGAAGGUGGUGCAGAGGAUCCUCUACCUCCAGGUCCUGGACUACGACCGCUUCAGCCGCAAUGACCCCAUCGGGGAGGUGUCCAUCCCCCUCAACAAGGUGGACCUGACCCAGAUGCAGACCUUCUGGAAGGAUCUGAAGCCAUGCAGCGAUGGGAGUGGGAGCCGAGGGGAGCUGCUCCUGUCUCUCUGCUACAACCCCUCUGCCAACUCCAUCAUCGUGAACAUCAUCAAAGCCCGGAACCUCAAAGCCAUGGACAUCGGGGGCACGUCAGACCCUUACGUGAAGGUGUGGCUAAUGUACAAGGACAAGCGGGUGGAGAAGAAGAAGACGGUGACGAUGAAGAGGAACCUGAACCCCAUCUUCAACGAGUCCUUUGCCUUCGACAUCCCUACGGAGAAGCUGAGGGAGACAACCAUCGUCAUCACCGUCAUGGACAAGGACAAGCUCAGCCGCAACGACGUCAUCGGCAAGAUCUACCUGUCCUGGAAGAGUGGGCCCGGGGAGGUGAAACACUGGAAGGACAUGAUUGCGCGUCCCCGGCAGCCUGUGGCUCAGUGGCACCAGCUGAAGGCCUGAAUGGGGCCACGGGAGGCCCAGGGGGCCAAGGGCCUGGGUCCCCAUCAUGCCCUCACCACUUUAUGCACAAUGCCUGGCCUGGCCCCCCUGCCAUGGGUGAGGGAAGGAUCCUGAGGGCUGGGACAGGGAGGGGUCCCAGGAAUCCAGC